GUUGGCCGUAGAUAAACGGAGAUGGACGAACGAUGUGGAAGUGACUCUGUGGGUGUUGUGACUUAGGUAUGGAUGUAGUGAAAUGAUUGUAAAUUCUGGGUAAUGUAAUUACCCCAGAUUAAACAUUGUUUGAAUUUAUAAGUGUGUAAGAUGUGUGUUUUGGAUUUGAGUGUACUUCCAGUGUGAAAUCGUAUUAUAGUGCUACAAACUAGAGACAAUUUUCCCAAACGCCCGUGACUUCUUUCAAGAUGGCAGUAGUAAUCUGAAUCUGAGCGACCUCGUCUUUGUUCUGGACAGUAUGAAAGUUGAGUCUCUACGGACGAAAACGGAGCGUAUAAGGGAACGGUGUUGUGGGACAUGUUUACACAAACGACCAGCCAAUGCGCCGGUAGCGGGAGUGUCCAAGUUCACAAGAAACGCAAAUUGGAACAUGUGUCCGACACGUAUCAGUCGGGUGAUUAUGGGGGACCGUUGAGAGCCCAUGCUCACGCUAGUAAUGGACAGCUGUGCAAGAGCCCUGCCACUGUGGGGGGAGUGCCACAAAACUUUAUUCGUGCAUCCACUAUAAAGCUACUAGACACGUAUCAGAGGUGUGGCCAAAAACGCAAGUCGUGCGAGGGGAAUGAGCCUGAGGGAGCAGUUACACACAGCAAGACGACGGCUCACAGCAAGGGAGGGGGGGCGGCCCCCUCCACACAGCCUCAGGCCUCUGACGGGGACUACCAACUCGUGCAACACGAAGUCCUCUACUCCAUGACUACUCAGUAUGAAGUCCUAGAGUUCUUGGGCAGAGGCACUUUCGGACAAGUGGUUAAGUGCUGGAAAAAAGGCACUAAUGAGAUUGUUGCAAUAAAAAUAUUGAAGAACCACCCUUCUUAUGCCCGACAAGGUCAAAUUGAAGUAAGUAUACUGUCACGGCUAAGUCAGGAAAAUGCAGAUGAAUUCAACUUUGUACGAGCGUACGAGUGCUUCCAGCACAAGAACCACACCUGCUUGGUGUUUGAGAUGUUGGAGCAGAAUCUCUAUGACUUCUUGAAACAGAAUAAGUUCAGCCCCCUGCCUCUCAAGUACAUCAGACCAAUCCUACAGCAAGUGUUGACUGCACUACUUAAACUUAAGCAAUUAGGGUUGAUCCAUGCAGAUUUGAAACCCGAGAACAUCAUGCUGGUGGACCCGGUUAGACAACCGUACAGAGUCAAGGUAAUAGACUUCGGCAGUGCCUCACAUGUCAGCAAAGCUGUCUGUAACACGUACCUGCAGAGCCGAUACUACCGUGCACCCGAGAUCAUUUUGGGACUACCGUUCUGUGAGGCCAUAGACAUGUGGUCACUGGGCUGUGUGGUGGCGGAACUGUUUCUGGGCUGGCCGUUAUAUCCCGGUUCUUCUGAGUAUGACCAGAUCCGAUACAUCAGUCAGACACAGGGCCUUCCCACUGAGCACAUGCUCAACAAUGCCAGCAAGACAACCAAGUUCUUCUACCGAGAUAUGGACAGCACUUAUCCCUUCUGGAGACUCAAGACACCAGAGGAGCAUGAGGCUGAGACGGGGAUUAAGUCGAAGGAGGCUCGCAAGUACAUUUUCAACUGUCUGGAUGACAUCGGACAGGUGAAUGUGCCCACAGAUCUGGAGGGUGGAGAACUGCUGGCGGAGAAGGCAGACAGACGAGAGUUCAUCGACCUACUCAAACGCAUGCUGACAAUGGACCAGGUGGAGAGGCGCAUUACGCCUGGCGAGGCACUAAAUCACGCAUUCGUAACACUCGCCCACUUAGUGGACUACGCACAUUGCAACAAUGUGAAAGCGAGUGUGCAGAUGAUGGAAGUGUGUAGACGGCACAAUGCCACCACUGCUCCACCACCUGCUCCUCCCCUGGUCGCGACUCUCACCUUCAACAAUCAGGUACAGCGGCUGGUGCGGGAGCGGCAACAUCCAACAUUCGAUAAUUUGUAUCAGCUGUAUAACAGCCGUGGAGUUGCUCGCCAGUACAGUGGAGCGCGGCCGGACCCGUUCACACAACACCAACUGGUGUCUUCUAUCCUAUGUCAACCUGGCUACCAGAGUAUGGGCUCACCUGCUAAACAUGUGACUGUGGUCAGUCAGCAACCACCACCCCAGCUGCAGAUACAGCCACCAAUCAUCUCACAGCAGGUGCCGCAGCAAUAUGUGCCCGUGUCGAUGGUGGAGAGUGGACGUCAGAUGUUGCCUGUGCAAACAUCCUGGCCUACCAACCGCCAGAUGACUAUUGUACCGUCCUGGCCACAACAUACUACCAUCCAACAGCCACUACUGUCCGAGACAGAUUGGGGUAGACCUCUCCUAGUCGACUCCUCACAGCUCAUACCGAGGCCAACGGUGUUUACUGCUGAGGUGUACGACAGCCUGGUGGAGAGUCCUGGAUGGGACAAACACAAGUCACACCUCCACACAACACAUCUGACUGUGCCCCGCAGCCACGACAAGAAAGAGCCUACUCAGCUCAGUCCAGUCAAGAAAAGGGUCAAGGAGGGCACACCACCCACAGCUUCGUGCAGUGCAAGGACCAGAGACAGACACAGUCCGAGCUGGCAGCAGCCUUCAGCUUCACAUCACACACAACCUCAGCAGCAGUGUUCGACACGUAAUAACCAGACUAUCACAAUCAGGGACACACCUUCGCCAGCUGUAUCUGUCAUCACCAUUUCAGACAGUGAAGACGAGUCACCAGCAAAGAGUGAAGAGGGCCAGGAUCCUAGACAUAAGGGUCAAGCCGUCUACUGUGUCACUGUGGGAGAUAGUGAUGAGGAACAUCGCAGUCCCACCCAGCCUGCUGCGUACAGCAGCAGGGGUGUGUCGCCGGGGGGCAAGAAUGUACCUGGAGCGGUGGUCUACUGUCCCAGUCCAGUCACCAAGCACAGUUCCACGCAGCCACAACCUGCCCCAGUACCUGCACCAGUGGCUGUGACCAUACCUCAUGCUCAGGUCAAACAUGAGAUCAAGCAUGAGCCACAUCAACACAGCUCCAGCUACUCAGGGUCACAGUCCCAGAAGAAGCGACUGUUGGCCAAGGUGCAGCAGGAGUGCAGUGCUAACGCUGGUGCCAGUACCAGUGCUAGUGUCAGUGCCGUGACCAAGCAAGAGCCUGGUAGUGAAGUGUACCAGUCAGUGUGCCAAGGUGCCGGCUGCAAGGAGCCCUAUCACUAUGUUACUCAGGAUCAGCACAUUGUCUACAGCAGUGGAGACAAGACGUACACAAUGGCAGCUCCCACACACAAACAAACGGACUGGGGGUGAGGUGGUGGUGAGGGCAGGGUACCAUCUAGUACAACCUCCCACUGCCCACUCCAGCAGGGACCACGUCAUCACUUCCGCCAAGACUUGGUCCUCUCAGGCCAUCCCGGUACAUCAGGGCUACAGCACGCACUUGUCUCCCCAGACACUGAGU